AUGAGGCUGAUUGUCUCCAGACGCCAGCGAUUGGCUAAUCGAAUCCCGUUGCCAGUUCUCCUGAACUACUCUUCGCAGAACGACACACGUCUGUCUCGCCUUCUGUUUGACUCCGAUGGACAUCCGUCUUCCUCCCACACCAUUAAUCAGACCUCGCCUUCAAAGUGUGAUUCUCAUCCAUCCACAGACCGCAAAGUGAACGGGGUCUCACCUCUUCUCGUUCGGUCGCCGGCACUCAAGUAUGUUCCAGAUGUUAUCCUUUAAUAUCUCGUUUACCGUCCUCAUUUCAUUCAUCCAUCCAUCCUCAUUUACUGUGCUUGAGGUUCGCUGGCUCACAGUGGUAGAAAGGCCAAGAAAUUGUAUUCCUGUCUCCGUUGUCUUUGUAUGUAAUAACUCUGGACUGACUUGUCGGUUUGCCGUACAUCCGGUUUCUACAAGUAGUACGUGGUGGCUCCCGGACUUAGUAGUUUUGCGUUGAUGGACGCGUUCUCCUCCUUCACUGAUUGCAAUGCACGUCUGAAUCUUUUGUGAGAUCAUAGUUAACUCCAAACGCCUCUUUCGGUUGGUCGUACUUCGUCUACAGGUAGGUUUUCUACGUAAAAACCGUAUGUUCACCGACGUUGCAGACCGUCUGUCCUUUGUUGUGGGCAGUUGCGUUGUGAAGAAAACUGGCAUGCGCCGUUAGGUUCUUGGCCUCUCACCUCAUGGCAUUAAUGCGUCUAGUGUAUCGUGGAAAUCCCUACACAGCGCAUAUUUCUCACUGACGCGCUUAAAUCUAUCACGGUGCUCUGUAGACUAUCAACUGAAGGGUCUUACUCGCACGACGGAGAGUCAGGCUCUGGUGGCCCUGUAAUGUGGCCCCUAGUACUGCCACUCAAUUCGGGCCCAAACCGCCCACUUUUAUGUGAAAUCCUGGUCCACCGUGCGCGGACCAGACAUGUGUGGCACGCGUAGACUGACUGCCUACGUUUGUCAGCUACUGUGCUUGAUCCCGCCUCCGGCGUUCGUGGUUCUGUCUCCGCGGGAACUUGCCGGCGCCGAUAGACGACUCUCAACGCUGCCCAGAACUCUACAGCUUACUGCUUUAGCCCUGUGACUGACAACCGCCCCAAAGGUCGUAGAAUACUAGCCAAAUCGUCAAAAACAUUGCCAGUUUCUAAUACCCUCGCUUUUGAGUCAUAUGUCGCCUGUAGAUUUUAGCAAUGUUUCAUGAGUGUCUGUUAUUCAUAAAAAAUCAGCGAUAUUUCAGCUCGGACACUUUUCGGCCGACAGAAGGUUCGCAUAGCCGCGUUUAUGGACUAACGAGCUGUCGCCCUGGCAACCUCAGAGUUGGAGCAUUUCCGUUGCCUUUCUGUAUAACUUUAUACUCAGGGUCUCGCCUCCCCGAUCGUCCAAGGGUGGCAUUUGAGUGUUUUUUCCCUUUUCAUUGUCCAGAAAGGUGUAAUUUAAAACCUCAUCUAAUUUUGCAAUUAUUUUCGUUUCAUCAUUAUGAAGGCUUCGUGGGAACACGUGGAUGGCAGUCUAGCGGUUUCCGAGACUUACUCUUCCCUUAUUUUGCAUACAGUGCCGCGCCUUUACGCUUUAAUCGAGAAUGUAUUUUUUGAGGAGGAUGAUGCCGAAUCAUAGGAACGAGCAUUCACGAGUCAUCUCAAUUUGUAUGACGUUCCCAUUCUGGUCGUGACGGCCCUCGUGUUCACACACACUCCGCUUUCUGCUCCCAGUAGGGGGUUCUUUCCUCAACUCUUUUUGCCCCCUAUUCCGACCGGAACGUUCUGACCCAGUCACCUUUUUGGCCGAUAGGGUUUUGUUUAUGUAUGGGACAGCGAAACUCCUGACCUUUGUCCGUGUCUCAGUAUGGCAGUGGAAGAACACGAGAAAUUGAUCUAUAGAUAGUUACACGUGGUCGUACAAGAUGCGGUACCACAAGUCUAACUCCUGGCUACUCGGCGUCCUCUACAGGCGGCGAACAGUGGAACAGCCUUCGGCGACGGCUAGCUGCGAAACAACCAGACACGCCCAUUGCCUUAUAAAAUGAUGACAGCACAUCGACAUGGCGACCGUUAACCGCCAAUAAAUAAGCGUGCUUGUCACCGCUUUAACCAAAGCGUUAGACGAGACAACCUCGAAAAAACAAUCCUAGCGGCUGUUGGGGGUCCGUCAGUACUCGCAACUCCCAACAAACCUCAUAAAAGUAUGUUCGAAUGCAGUAUUACGAUCUAUGUUGGGAAUCAGUCCGUGAACGGAUGGCCAGUAUGCGACUAAAGGGCCACUUUAUGACUUCACUGUCGUUUUCGUGUACGUGCCAACAUCAGCUGCCGAACGGCGCGAUGAAGAUAUUUUUACUCACAACUGCAGGCGUUGGUCGGACCAUGAUCCCGUUCGCACACGAGGUGGAGAGGGUUCUCGGGCCUUCAGUAUUUUGUCUCCGUCGCUGGCAAAGAUAAUGGGUUGAGUUGUGCAGAUCUGCUGCUGCGGAUCAUCAAGCGUGGAGAAAGACAGUCCUUGAUAUCAUCGAGGCAGGCUAGAUUGGGCCUGACCGCACCCGUACCAAGUACAAGAUGUGGCAUCCAUUCAUAUUCUCGUGGGUCGCGUUCUCCCAUAUUUGGACAUUCACGUCUUGCCGUGGAGCUCCGCGCACGCAGACGGCCUCAUAGCGGCUAUCAGGGAAUACCCGGGAGGCGUUACCGACACAGACAAAGGACUUAAGAAAUGCCAUUUCUGGCUUAUUUGCGUUAGUAGCCGAUACCGCCCCGUCUCGAAAUGGAAGGCUAAUAUUUGAGCCCGAUGCUCAUCUGAUUUGCUUGCAUCAGAUAAUCGUGAUAUCAUCGGCCAAUAGCAACAAAUAGGCCUUGCUCUUUUCUCUUUCUGGCAUUCGGUAAGAAGUAUAGCUGUGGCAUUCUCUGUUUUGUACACUUUAGACGAUUCAAAAUCGUGCAUCAUCCCUUUUUGGUAUCUGUAUACUUGUGGCUAAUGAAAAUUCGCCCAGAAAUGACCUUUUCAGUGUCACUCAUUUUUUUCAUAAAGUCUAAUUCUGUGUAGUUGUUUGUCUCUUUUGUUUACUUGAGUUGUUUUAUUAUUUGUGAGGACGUGGCUUUUCUCUCGAAAUUUUAUCUCGUUAUCUUCAGUUUUUUCCCGCUUUGUUUAAGCAGUGUUAUUUGUUAUCUAAAAUGGUGUCCAUAUCCUGAUUUCAACAUGAUUUUUAUCCGUUUUUAACCAUUUUUGUUCAUUUAAGGUUGCCUGACGUGAGCCAGGAUCUCCUGACAACUUCAUCCGCUAUGCAUCAGUCUAAUGGUGCCGUUGAACAAUCUUCCGUGGUUUAA